AACAUGCUAGAUAGCGCUAAACAAUAAAACAAUAAAUCGAUGCCGCUAUUCCGGAAAGAUAGAAAGGAAUCGGAGGAACAAUUCAGUAUUCGUGAUCUUUACGAAUUCAAGGACAUCUUAGGUACCGGUGCUUUCUCCAAGGUUUUCUUGGCUGAACAAAUAUCAGAACCUGGUUUUUUGGUUGCAAUUAAAUGUAUUGAUAAGAAAGCACUGAAAGGUAAAGAAGAAUCGCUAGAAAAUGAAAUUAAAGUAUUACGCAAAUUACGACAUUCAAACAUAGUGCAAUUAUAUGACACUUUUGACGAGAAACAAUAUCUCUAUCUUGUUAUGGAACUUGUCACUGGUGGCGAACUUUUUGAUCGAAUUGUCGCAAAAGGUUCAUUCACGGAGCGUGAUGCAUCGAUAUUGAUGCGACAGGUACUUGAGGCAGCUGCAUUUAUGCAUGAAAAUGGAGUCGUUCACAGAGAUUUAAAACCGGAAAAUUUGUUAUAUUAUGAUCAAACGGAAGAUUCUAAGAUAAUGAUUUCCGAUUUUGGUCUUUCAAAAAUUGAUGAAUCAGGUGUUAUGGCUACAGCAUGUGGUACACCAGGUUAUGUUGCACCUGAAGUAUUACAACAGAAACCGUACGGUAAAGCUGUUGAUAUUUGGUCCAUUGGUGUAAUAACAUAUAUUCUUUUAUGCGGUUAUCCACCAUUUUAUGAUGAGAAUGAUGCGAAUUUAUUUGCUCAAAUAAUUCGAGGUGAAUAUGAAUUUGAUUCACCAUAUUGGGAUGAAAUUUCUGAAUCAGCAAAAGAUUUUAUAUCACAUCUGAUGUGUUGCGAUCCAGAACAACGAUACACCUGUCAUCAAGCAUUAGCUCAUCCAUGGAUCAGUGGUGAUACAGCUGGUACAAAAGACAUUCAUUGUUUGGUGGCACCACAUUUGAAGAUAAGCUUAGCGAAGCGAAACUGGAAGAAAGCAUUCAAUGCGACAACUGUAAUCCGUCAACUUCAGAUGCUCCGAUUAUCAUCAAUCUCACAAGCGGCAUCCACGUCGACCAGCGAAUAAGCGGUAAUUUAUCAAACAUGCAUGAUUAUUUUCCAGGAAUUUAGACAAAGGCGAAAGAAGGAAAUAUUUAGAAAUUUGCAUAAUCCUCAUCAACAUGCUCUAAUUUAUGAAUUUCACUGAUAUUUUCUUUGAUGUAAUAUGCAGCUGCAAGUAGCUUUUCGUCCAUCAUCAGCAACUUCUCACAUGUUAUGUUUGUUGUAAAAUUUAAAGGAUAAAGGAAAU